AUGGCUGCGAACAUCUGCAAGGGAGAUUUCACCCGAAUGCAGUCUUACGAAAGAGUUCGACCAGUUGGAUACCAGUGCAGUAAAGAAAAGGAGAAAACGUCAGCAGAGGAGCCGACACAUAGUAUGAACAACACCACGAUUGCCUCGAAGAACACUCAAGUGGACAUCCUCCAGAAUGGAGCCUGUUGCUCAUACGGUGCUUCUUGCACUGGUCUGGCCAGCCCUGUCCACGGGCUAGCCACAGGUAACUGGCCGGCAUCCAGUGGUGCGAGCACACGUCGACCCCCGAGAGUUUUCGUCGUCCUCGCACGGUUGAUGAAGCUCGGUUCAACCUGCCCUGCGAACGACGAACUUGUCAGCAAAGCUGCAGCUGGUGAGAUGUGUCUUGAGGAAGAGAACCAAGGGGGUGUCUCAACAACGGAGACUAUGUCCCCUAAGAUCUCUGGUGUUGAUAUAGAGGACAAGAAAGGAGGCGGCGGCGGUCACGGCGGAGGAGGGAAAGGAGGAGGGGCUGGAGGAGAAGCUGGAAGGGGAGCGGGAGGAGCUGGAGUUCAAGGCGCCGGGAAUAGAGGUGCAACAGGAGAGGCUGGUAGAGCCUUUGCUGUGCCUAAGCCCAUGAAAUUUUUGGGUUUGCCCUUCGUUCUUGCGCGGCAUGUCAAGGCAGCCAUUCUUCCGAUUGUCAACACGACCUCGGAGGCAGCGGGCAUGCUCAAGCUCACGGGAGCCAACGAAGCCAUGAUCAUGGGCCAGAACAAAACAAGCGUCGCGCCUAGCAUGCCUCGACCUUUGCGGCUCUUCGGCCUUGCAUUUGCUCUCGCGGAACAGAUCAGAGCAGCCACUCUUCUAACCAAGAACAGGACCACACGCCCAUCAGGAGAAGUCAAAUUCAUGGGCGGCAACGUUUAUUACCUUGAAAACGCAAACCACACAAGCGACGCAGCUGGCAGACCCCGGUUCGCACGAAUAUUCAGACUUCCCUUGGUCCUUGCAGGAUAUAUGAAAGCCACCGUGCUAGCGGAUGCACAUGAGCCAAACCACGUGCGGAAUGCUACCGCCAUGGUUGAUCCCAAUUGCGAGAUUUCCGCACCCAUGGCGGAUGAGGAUCAUAGCUUCCGAUUUCGAGGCGGUGGAGGGACUGGUAGCGCGGCCAGCAGCUUUUGGUCCUCCAGAGCAUUUCGCGUCCUGGUCCUUCUGGUACGGAAUAUCGACGCAGUUUUCUUGCCUCGAUCACCAGCCUCUGCCAGCAGAGCAGCGGCAUCCACCAGCAGCGACGAAGGGAGGCAUCAUACGGACUCCGUUGCAGUUAGCAGCUUACCCACAGGCGAGGGGCAGGCGGUGCCCAUCUUGUCUGCGGAAUGGAGCACCUCAAGCUCCAUGCAGACGAUGACAGUCUCCAGGUCAGCGUAG